AUGCCUCAACUUGAUAAAUUGACUUAUUUCUCACAAUUAUUUUGGUUAUAUCUUCUCCUCUUUACUUUUUGUAUUCUCUUAUUUAAUAAUAAUAAUGGAAUACUUGGAAUUAGUAGAAUUCUCAAACUACGGAACCAACUGCUUUCGCGCCGGGGGGGGGGGGGGGGCGAGAUCCGGAGCAAGGACCCUAAGAAUCUGGAAGAUAUCUCGAGAAAAGGUUUUAGCAUCGGUCUCUCAUAUAUGUACUCCAGUUUAUCCGAAGUAUCCCAAUGGUGUAAGAUCGUCGACUAUUUGGGAAAAAGGAGGAAAAUCACUCUGAUCUAUGAUUUUUCCAAAAUAAGUGGCUCACGAGCAAUGGAGAGACAGAUUCUCUAUUUGAUCUCGAAGUCCUCAUAUAACACUUCUUCCAAUUGGAUCACUUGUGGGAAAAACGUAAUGCUCACACAUGUUCCACACGGGGAAGGAAGCAUAAUAUUAUGA